AUGAUCGCUUUUCUCUUGAGUUUGAGCUGUGGGAACAACAAGAUCAAUUGCUCCUCGCAUGGCUGCAAUCAACUAUAUGUUGUGAUAUGCUCCAUAGUGUCAUUGGAUGCAAAAAUUUGUGGAUGCUUUGGGACAAAAUUCACACCUAAUUCCAACAACACACAGCAGUUGAAACUCUUCUUCUCUGUCAUAAGUUGCGACUGGAUCCGUUAUGCAAAAACAAAUCUAACAGUUUUGUCUACUGCUUCGAAUGACACACCUCAAACAGUGGAUCCUCAAGAUCACUUCACUGAGUCAAACCCUAAUUCCACUGUUGAGACUUACUCAGCCAGUCUUCAAACCUUUGGAUCUCGUGGAGGUAAUGGUGGCCGUGGUCCCCAUAGUAGAGGUGGCGCAAUUCAUUGUCAAGUAUGCAGAAACUUUGGACAUGAGGCGUCUAUCUACUAUCAUUGCUUCAAAAGAGAUUCCGUCCUUACCAACUCUCAAGAAGAGUCAAAAGCAUAUGGUACUCCUUCGUACACCAUCUCAUCGCAUAGAUCACACUCGAAUUCCUACUCCACGUGCUCACUCUCAAUCCUUACCAUGGCCUUACUCAGCAUGGAAUAUCUUUGGCCCUCAGUAUCAUGUGCCAUAUCCUUCCAUGUCACUUCCAGCUAUGCCUCGAUUGAUAAUGCCUCACAACACUCUGCACAAAACUAUGCACCUCAUCCAUCUUACAUCAAUCCUGCACAGAACUUUGUACAACAGUUUGCAUUUCCUCCUUCAAAUUCAUAUCAAGUUCAGUCCAUGCCUUCCCCACAGGUUUACACAAACCAUAUGGCUUCCACACAAGCUCCUUGA